AUGCCGGGUCUCGAAACGUUGAAACAAGUCUUGGAGCUACGGCAGGACCCGCUGGCGGACUCCCAGAGCUCUGUCGAGGAUAUUCAUCAAAAUACACCAAAGUCGCAAAAUCAGCUUCUUAAGUCGUAUGUUUCAACUUCACAAGAACCCACAUUGGCGCUCAUUAGAGCACGUAAAACACAAGCCAGCUUUGAGUCCUGGUCCAAUCUUUCUGCUGAAGAUCUCUUGGAGCUUAGAGCUCGUUUCGACAACUACAAGCGAGAAUUAUCGUCGCAAAUGGCCCAGUUGGCUCCCAUAGAAUCCAUGUUAUACGAUUUUGGAGACGAAUUGGGUCGCCUUUCCGGAAGUCUCAAGCUUCUCCAGCAACAACUGACGCAGCUCUCUUCCAAUUUGAUCCUGCAAAAGACAACCACCGAGCAUUUGAACCCUAUUAUUUUGGACCUCAUGGUUCCUCCAGCAACAGUCAAGUCUAUCAUUUCCAGCCCUGUUACUCCUGAAUGGAUAGAGAACAUAAGAGUACUCAACGAGAAGCAGGCACUCGUGGAGAGCGUUACUUCAGGGAAAAGUGAAUUGGCUUCUUUGUAUGGAAGUUCAAAAGCGUUUCUGGACCUCGAACAUGAGUUGAAAUUGCUCACCGCCAAAACCGUGGAACGCAUACGAGACUUUAUGAUUUCCAAAAUCAAGCUGCUAAGGUCUCCUACCGCUUCGGCUUCGUCGCAGGCAGUGCAAAAAGAUCUCCUUCAAGUCAAAGAUGCAUUCUUUUUUCUUCGUCAACACCAUCCCGAACUAGCCAACGAGCUCCAAUUGGCCUACAUUUUCACUAUGCGGUGGUACUACCGUACCCGGUUCGCCAAGUACUUGUAUGCCAUCGAAAAGUUGAACAUCCACCAUAUUGAUCUGACCACAGUUUUGGGCAGCUCGUCGUCCACCGCGGACGACAAAACUGAUAUUUUUGGUUUACGAAAUUGGGUGGGAAAGAACUCAUUACAGCCCCGAAGUAUCACCACUCCUCCCAGAAUGACCAUGAACGAGUAUCUCCUGUCUAUCGACAAGCGAAUACAAAUCCUCGACGAGAGAAACGACCCGGAAAAAGCUGCUCGCGCUAUACCCUCUCAAAUAGCAGAAACCACCCCUUUUGUGUACUGGAUCGAGUUCGUGUACCACCAGUGGUGUAUCGCCUUGGUGGACAACAUUGUGGUUGAGUAUCUUUUCAUGGUGGAUUUUUUUUACCACGGCGAUGAGAAAUUCGAGCCACUUUCAACGUUGUAUUCCAAAGGUGCAAAAGACGACGAUUUGACUAAGGAUUGGUCGCAUUAUAUGCUUGACGACGUCUUCAAUAUGGGUGCUCAGUUUGUAUCAUGGCUCGUACAAAAGCAGCCGCUGGUUCUUCCAAGAAGUGUCGCUUCAACCUCCACCAGCCGAACCGGAUUCACUGGUGCAACUCAGGGCACUUGCGACGCCUACGGAAUCUUGUUGAUGAUCCGAAUCACCCAAAGUGAGCAGUCGCUUCUCCAUAACGAGUUCCACAUACCUGUGGUGGACAACCACUUGAACUCGAUUCUCUUGACACUUUGGCCCCACUUCACCAAAGUUGUCGACCUCAAUUGUGAAGCCAUGAAGGCUCUCAGUAUGCGAGCGCUGAGCUACAAAUCCACAGACUCGGCGUUGGCGCCUUUACCUUUGAGCCAGCAGUUUGCACACUUUUUGCUGGGGCUUUUGAAGUUGGCAUCACCUCCCAACAUGGAAGGAGAUUUCCGAGGCGAACCAUUAUCGACCUCUAUUAAUAGACUCAAGAACGACUUUGAAAGCAUCUUGACUCGCAUCAGCAAUCAGUUGUUUGCAGGCAAGCGCAAAGGAGCAGAGAAAGAGGUGUUUCUAUUCAACAACUAUUUCUUGGUGGUAAACAUUCUCAAAAAUGAAGUGGGUGUGGGAGAAAAGUUUAGUGAGCUUAUCAAUGAGCAUGUUCAGCAUUUUGAAAUGUUGUGCAAUGCAUACAAGCAGCAAUAA